AUAGCGCUACACAUUACACACGUUUACUCUACCGGUGUGGUGUUUUGGGGUUGGGUCUAACGCUACUAUUGCUUGGAGCGCCGUGGCGAACGAUGCAUUUUUCAAUACCGGACACAUCUGAGGUCGAAGACGAGACGGGCAGAUUUACGACCUACAAUAUCUAUACAAAUGGAGCGUUUCAUUGCUCUGUGCGCUACAGCCAGCUACAUGAAUUCUCUGAGAAGGUCAAGCAGGAGUUUGGUACAGACGGUUUGACGCCAUUCCCGAGUAAGAAGUUGAAGUUCCUCAAGUUGACACCCGCGGAGAUGGAGGGACGGCGCGAGAUGUUGGAGAAGUUCAUACAGUCAGUGAGCCAAGUUCCGCACAUAGCGAAGAGCAAUCUGUUUACAGGGUUUUUCUUGAGUGCUCAACAGGAAGCAGCACAACAAGAGGCGGAAGCAGUGACAAUUGAUAUCUAUUUACCUAAUGGUAAUAAACAGAGUGUUGAUAUCAUGUCAACUGAUCAAACAGAGGAUGUACUGGAAACGUUUUGCAGUAAAAUCAAGUUGCCUGAUGAAUUUGUUUACUACUUUGGACUGUUUCUAAUGAAAACUCAUGAAGAUGGAUCAGAAGAAUUGGUACGGAAAGUUCAAGAUUUUGAGUCACCAUACAUUUCACUUAGAGACUUGCCACAAGAACAAUACUGCAUCGUUUUGAGGAAAUGGUAUUGGGAUCCAGUGUAUGAUGAAGACUUGAUGGGUAGUAGUAUUGCUCUCAACUUGCUGUUUGUUCAGGCUGUUCAUGAUGUCGAGGCUGGGUGGAUCCAGACAAGCAAGCAGGAACAACGACAGUUAUCAGGACUUAAAACCAAGAAAUCUAGAAAGGAGUACAUUCAACUGGUUAGAACAUUUAAGCACUACAACUACAUUCAAAUACUUCCCUGUCUAGCGGACUUCCCAAUUGAAGGUGUUAAGGCAUCUGUAAGCUUGGGACCAUCUGAACUUUGUCUUGAAGUUGCCACGAAAACGGGUGAUAUCAAGGAAUUCAACUUUCUAGUUACAAGAAUGCGCUGCUGGAAAGUAGUGUCUUGUGGUGAUCGAUUAGAAUUAUCUUUUGACUACCUGUUUAACAAGGAUAAGUUGAAAUGGGUGAAAAUAAAGGGUAGCCAGGCUAUCUUCAUCAGUGUAUGCUUACAAGGUCUUGUUGAUGAGCUUAUUAUGAAGCGUGACAACAAGUCAUUCAAGCAGCCUGGAGACAGACAGAGGACGCGACGCAGUCUUGAGUUUCGUAAGCGAACAGUUCUGUCAACAGCAUCAUUUACUCCUCCAGUUGAAAUUACGGAAGAUACUACAUCCAGUGCAGCUGCAGUUAGUGAGGAACAAGUGGUAGUUGAUGGGAAAACCCAUUCUGAACAUGAUAAUGGCAGUCAAAGGGAAAAGCCAUUUGCUGAAACAUCUGACUCAAAGGUACAUGAUGACAACUCUUCUGAUGUUUCUGCUGUGGCAGCAACUAUAUCAAUACCAAAUGAAGAAUCUACAGUUAUGCAUUCAGAACGCUCAUCUCUUUCACAACUCAACAAUGAUGAAAAGCUGACCAGCAAAGGCAAGAAAUUCUCGACAAAGGUGUCAGGAAAAUUUACAAAAUCUAAAAGUCCUACAACUCCAUCACAUACAAAUAUUGAGUUAGACAAGAUGAAUGAGAGCAAAGUGUUUGCUGACAUUGGAGAUGAAGACUUGUAGUUGUGAACGCGUAAGGUAUGCUUAUUGUUGUUACAUAUCUACUUCCUGAUUUGUAGUGCUAGGUUUGACGAGGAUUGCAAUUUUUAUUUUAGUUAUGAUUGUUCUUUACAAAUUUCGUGAUGUUUCAACACGUUUGUUUCCAUAA